ACGCAAACAUGCAUUCCGUCGUGCUCCUGCUGAUUGCUACCGCCUUCUCAACGCGGGCAGCGGCUGUCCCUCACCGUCCCGUGAUUCAAGAGGGAGACGACGUCUUCGUGACUGUAGAGAACGGCGACCUGAGGGGCGUGGUGGCCACGUCACUGAACGGCGCUCUCUACAACCAGUUCCUCGGCAUACCGUACGCAACGCCACCUGUCGGAGAUCUUCGGUUCCGCGCUCCGCAGCCGGCAGCCUCCUGGUCCGGGGUUCGGGACGCUCUGUCUUUCGCGGACGCGUGCGCCCAGCCCGUGUUAGCCGGGUUGCUGCCCUUCACUCAAGGCUCUGACGACUGCCUCUACCUCAACGUCUACGCGCCGGCUACGACUAGUGGUCCCUUUCCCGUCAUGGUCUACAUCCACGGAGGAGCCUUCAAGACUGGCAGUUCUUCCGGCGCCACUCCGCACUACUUCGUGGAGAAGGGCGUCUUGUUGGUCUCAAUCGCCUACCGUCUCGGCGCCCUUGGGUUCCUGAGCCUACAGAAUGAAGAUAUCCCGGGCAACGCCGGUUUCAAGGACCAGGUGCUGGCCCUGCAGUGGGUGCAGAGGAACAUAGCGGCCUUCGGCGGGGAUCCCAGCAGGGUCGCCAUCUUUGGGGAGAGCGCAGGCGGCGGCUCCACGUCACAUCUCUUCCUUUCGCCUGCGACCAAGGGUCUCUUCAGUGGGGUGAUUAUGGAGAGUGGGGUAGCGACGACCCCAUGGGGGCUGACGGACAUACCACGCGAGAGGGCGUAUCGGAUGGCGGAGGCGCUCGGCUUCCAGACGCAGGGCGAUAACCAUACUGACGACGACGACGCGCGGCUGGCUGCCUUCCUUCGCGCCGCCAACUACGCAGACCUCAUCAGAGAUGACACUCUCGCGCUCACGGACUUCGAGAAGCGCUGUCCACUGCCGCUGGCGUUCCUGCCCGUCGUGGAGCCACCGUCGGACUCUGCGGUGAUCGUUGAGCAUCCAGCGGACGUUCUCAAGGCAGGCAGCUACAACCAGGUGCCCAUAAUUCUGGGCGUCACUUCUGGAGAGGGGAUCAUCAUACCCCUCUGUAAGUAA